CAUCCAUUACCAUCUUUAAAGUUUGAUCUUUAAUUAUCCAAACUCAACACAAACACAUAGAGAGAAUACCAAUCUAAUUCUCUUUUAGACCCUUUGAGGUAGCCAGCUAGAUUUUGUACAAGCAGCAACAACAAUGGCAGCCUCAGCUUCCUCAACCUUGUUAUUCACACCAGCCACAAUCCAAAAGAACAACAACACCAUCUCACCCUCAAACAUAACCUUCCAGGGUCUCAAGCCACUCAUCACCAAGCCAAACACCAGGUUGAGCCUCAACAACUUCACAGCUUCCAGGAGUAGGACUAGCAGUGUUGUAGUGAAAGCAGAGCUCAACCCAUCUCUAGUCAUCAGCCUCAGCACUGGUCUGUCACUCUUCCUUGGUAGGUUCGUAUUCUUCAGCUUCCAGAGAGAAAACGUGGCCAAACAGGGUUUGCCGGAGCAGAAUGGUGUAACCCACUUCGAGGCAGGGGAUACCAGAGCUAAAGAGUACGUGAGCCUUCUGAAAUCCAAUGACCCUGUUGGUUUCAACAUUGUUGAUGUUCUUGCUUGGGGUUCUAUUGGUCAUAUUGUUGCUUACUACAUCUUGGCAACCUCUAGCAAUGGCUACGAUCCCAAAUUCUUUGGCUGAUUGUUAUCCAUCCCCUGCAUCAUCAUCAUCAUCUUAGAUCUUCUUCUUCUUCUUCUUCUUCUUCUGCAUUUUCUAUGUUGUUGUAAUUUGUAUAGCCUUAGUUUUGUUGUUUCUUUAAUUUAGACGCGGUUAAUUUUCUUCUUAAUCUCUCUCUCUCUCUCUCUCUCUCUCUCUCUCUCUCUCUCUACUUGUUUCUUACAUCAUUCUACUUUCUUUGUGUGGAUUGGAAAACUAAAGUUUAAUUUAGAUCAUUUCCAUGA